CUUUAUGCUAAUCGAGCUCUUAUGUCACAUCCGCUUUUUCUCGUGCGCCAUUUUGAACAGGGCAGGUUCUGCUCGGGGGUGCAUUGUCUGUGGAUGAAGAGGGGGGCAAAGACUCGUCAUAAAUAUUUAUAUUAGUGGCAGAUAUCUUCUGCAGGACGCUUUAAAGUUGGUCCUGGCCGUCCCGCAGGCCCCCGCUUUCCCCUCGCCGUCCCGGGGACCAUCCUUCUAGAUGAGUUUCAGCGGCUCUUCAUCCCCGGCAGCCGCGCGCACGCAGAAGAAGGACGGCUCCGGCUCGCGCCGAGCAGCUCCCUCUUUCGGUGUGGUGAGCGCGCCCGGAGCGGGGUCGGCAGCGCGGCUCGCCCCCGCCGCCAGAAGCAGCAGCAGCAGCAGCAACAGCAACAACGGCGGGCUCGGACUCAUUGAUUGAGAGACAGUGAGCGAGCGAGCGAGCGAGUGAGUGUGAGGGAGCGCGCAUCCUUUGUCUCAGCGGACUGGCAGCAGAGCACCGAUCCGAUCGCGGCCGACAGGUUGGAAGAAUGUUUCAGCUUCCUGUGAACAACCUGGGCAGUCUGCGAAAAGCCAGGAAAAAUGUGAAGAAAGUCCUGAGCGACAUCGGCUUGGAAUACUGCAAAGACCACAUUGAUGAUUUUAAAGACUUUGUCCCCAAUGACUUCUAUGUGAAGAACACUAGUUGGGAAGAUGUGUGCAUGUGGGAUCCAUCGUUAACCAAACCCCAAGAAUAUAGGUCAAAACCAUUCUGCUGCUCUGGGUGCCCGUUCUCUUCAAAGUUCUUCUCGGCGUACAAGAGUCACUUCCGUAAUGUGCACAGCGAGGACUUUGAGAGCCGCAUUCUGCUUAACUGUCCCUAUUGCACGUACAAUGGCAACAAGAAGACCCUGGAAACACACAUCAAGCUGUUCCACAUGCCCAACAAUGUGGUACGGCAAGGAAUGGGUAGUGGGCCAGCCGGGCUAAAGGAUGCUGGGAGGCUUGACAGCAGCCACAAGCUCAAGCCAAUGGACAGUAUGGAGCAGGCUGUGUACUAUUGCAAGAAAUGCACCUAUCGUGAUCCGCUGUACAAUGUGGUGCGCAAGCACAUCUACCGGGAACACUUCCAGCAUGUGGCUGCGCCAUAUAUGGCCAAACCUGGUGAUAAGUCAGUCAAUGGUGCUGUUGGCGGAAACUCCCGUGAUGACACCAUCCACUGCAAACGCUGUCUGUUUGUGCCACGCACUUAUGAAGCCCUGGUACAGCAUGUCAUCGAAGACCAUGAACGCAUUGGCUACCAGGUAACUGCCAUGAUUGGCCACACCAAUGUGGUUGUGCCAAGGUCCAAGCCCCUCAUGCAACUCUCACCAAAGCCCCAGGAGAAAGGCAUUCUGGGAGUCACCCAAAAGGGCACCCUGGUAACCACCAGCAUACGAUCCCUCUCAGCACAGCAACUCAACCGCCUGGUCAUUCCAAAGGCUGGACUGCUGUCAGGCACCCAAUUAAAGCAGGGUCCAUACACGCUCAAAACUGGGAGCCCCCAGGCUUACUCUCUUAGUGGCCAGCAGGUACGCAUCACUUUGCCUGGCAAUGCACAGGUGUCUGUCCCACAACAAUCUCAAACUAUGAAGCAGCAACUGCCUGGUGGAAACAUGCGCAUCUCUGGGACACUGGGCUCAGUUGAGGGCAGGAGCUUCCAGUCGGGGACCUCUACCUCUUCUUCGACACUCAAAUCUAUACCUCUGUCCUCUCGGGUGCAAGCCGCCGCUACAGCUGUGGGCUCGGUUGCUGCCAAAAAGGGCAGCACUUCCAUUCUUGGCACAUCCUACACACAGAAGUGGAAGAUCUGCACUAUCUGCAAUGAACUCUUUCCAGAGAAUGUGUACAGUGCACAUUUUGAGAAAGAGCACAAGGCAGAGAAAGUCCCGGCAGUGGCCAACUACAUCAUGAAGAUUCAUAACUUUACAAGCAAGUGUUUGUACUGCAACCGCUACUUGCCCAGUGACACACUUCUAAAUCACAUGCUGAUCCAUGGCCUGUCCUGCCCCUACUGUCGCUCUACCUUCAACGAUGUAGAAAAGAUGGUGACACACAUGCGCCUGGUUCACCCUGAUGAGGUUGUGGGGCCGCGGACUGACUCCCCCCUUACCUUUGACCUCACUCUCCAGCAAGGUAAUCCGAAGAACAUUCAGUUAAUAGUCACAACCUACAACAUGCGAGAUGCACCAGAGGAGUCCGUGGCCUUCCAUGCUCAGAACAAUUCCUCUUCAGCUCAGUGCAAGAAGUCGCUUCCCAAAAUGCCAGACAGCCUUGAUGUACCUAUAAAGAGUGCACCACAGGCCGCUGUGCCGUACAAGAAGGAUGUGGGUAAGACACUGUGCCCAUUGUGCUUCUCAAUACUCAAAGGUCCAAUCUCUGAUGCACUUGCACACCACCUGAGAGAGAGGCAUCAGGUGAUCCAGACAGUGCACCCUGUGGAAAAGAAAUUGACAUACAAGUGCAUUCACUGCUUGGGAGUGUACACCAGUAACAUGACUGCAUCCACAAUCACACUUCACCUAGUACAUUGCAGAGGGGUGGGAAAGACACAAAAUGGCCAAGACAAACUCGGUGCAUCCCUGAAAGUAGCCCAGUCAUCAGGUGUGGCUUCACUCAAGCGCGACAUUGAACACUCAGAUCCAGUUUUCCAGAAAAAACGAAAACUGGAUUCAGAGCACUGCCCUACCAGUUCAGUGGAGAAAUUCGAUGAGCCUGUAGUCCUAGCGCUUGACCCCAAAGGUCAUGAAGAUGAGUCAUAUGAGGCACGGAAGGCUUUCCUCACAAAGUACUUCAACAAACAGCCCUAUCCCUCAAGGGCAGAGGUUGAGAAGCUUGCAGCCAGCCUCUGGUUGUGGAAAUCUGACAUAUCUAGCCACUUUGCAAACCGUCGUAGAAAAUGCAUUCAGGACUGUGAGUUCAAGAAUGCCUCUGUACUGAUGGGCUUCAACAUGCGAGAGGUCAACAAGCUUAAGCACAAAAUGGACUUUGACCCUGAGUGGUUUUUUGAAGCCAAAGAUGAAGAGGAGAGCAGGACUUCUAAAACAUCCAUGGGACGGUCUGCAGACUCUAUAAACCGCCGUCUGGAAGAGUGUGCUACUUCUUUCACUGAACUUUUGCAAGGGAUACAAGGGAGGGUUGUAAAAUGCAGCCAGUCCCAGUCAAAGGGUGCUGAAUCUGCACCUCCGCCUAAUCUAGACAGAAAUGACCAAAAUAAGACAAUCGAGAACACCUUGCAACAAACAUCUGACAAGCACCCAGAACUCAUAGCUAUAGACAUCAAUACUGAGUCACUGGGAGAGGAGGUAAAAGAGGAGGAGGAGGUGAGGUCUAAAGAGAAAAAAGUUUCAGGUGAAGAGCAGAUAGAGACUGGGAAAGGUGAUAACUGUGUGACUUCCCAACUGGUGCAAAGAAGAAACAGUCAUGAAGAGAAUGAGAACCCCACGAACAAUAAAUGUAAGAAAAGAGCAGGACUUCUUUUGGACUCAGACUCAGACUUGGGGACCUGGCAGGAGGACACACUCCACUAUGAGAAUGGUUAUGGCCUCGCUGAGCAGCGAGACAGGCAAGAGGAAAGUAAAACAGAUGACGAACAAGUUGUUUUGCAGAAGAGCACUCCCGCAUCUUUGAAGGACCAUGUCAACCAGGGCAAGGGAGAGAGUAGGCCAGAAGCUGUGGAGCUGGAACAGCCGAAUGAGGGAUUGGCUGUGAGCAAGGAAGCAGGGUGUGGCCUGCUGUCAGGAGCUGUGGGUCUGAGCAGCCAACAAGUGUAAUGAACACAGAAACACGCACUACCAUCAAUGUAAUGGCUAACCCAGGCCAACCUCAAAACCCCAGACUCGGCACUUGAGCAGUCAAAGGCUGCAGAAGGGGAGGUCAGAAAGACCAAAUGUUUUUCUUGCUCUUUCCAACAAGCCAUCCAGUGGAAUAAGAAUCCAUGUAAAAGGUCAGUUUAGCUGCUUUGUACUCAUGCUCUACAAUGGCAGCAAUGAAUAAACUGCAAACAAAACAGGGAGGGGAAGGGUAUUAUAACUUGCCAUAGGCAGGAAAUCAAAAUGUUGAAAAUGCACUAAAUAGUACAUAUGUCUUGAGUUUUGCCUUCAAUUUACAUUAGGUAUUCAGAAGUUUACUUUUUCUUUUUGUCACUAGAACGUGGUGGCUAACUGGUUACAAGGUAUUAGGUUUCAAGAAUUGAUUAAACAGGAGAAUCACCUGUUUGUUUCAUAUAGUCAUACAAUAGCUAGUGUAUAUUUGUACAGUCUUUUAGAACUGUUUGAAGAGACAUCACAUUGCUGUAGUGUAUCUAUGAUAUAUUUGCUACUUUUUGUGCACAAGCUAGGCUGACAUAAGUUCUACAUUUGUCCACUUCUAUGGAUAAAAAAGUGCUCUAGUGGCUGCUGUUUUUUAAAUAAAACCAUAGUAUUUUGCAAAAUAAUAUCUAUAUACAAAAUACAAAUUAAUGGAACAUAAUUGCUUUUUUGCAGUAACUUUUGUUCUGCUAUAAGAACAUCUCAUUUGUUCUGAUUGAAAGGGCAGUUUUACUUUCAUUAUUCCAUAGAUACUGUAAUUUGUAGUCUAGACUGUAUUAAAAUCAGCCUUGCAAAAGCUCUAGCUGUACCAUUUAAAAAAUUAUGUUCUAGAGAGCUCACACCUGUCGCUGCGGUGUUGUGAACAUUUAUCAUCGAUAUGACUCACUGUGUGUUAUGUUAAUUUGUGAUCUUUUCACUUUGGUUUUUCAUUUAAACUUUUCCGAACAAUAAAG